CCACACCCACAAGUUUGAUGCACUUUUACCAGAAAAGAUACACUCAACACUGUAUACUCCACUCUGACUCCAUUCGAUCGAUCGACGUACGUACAUGUACGUAGUGCCUUGCUAGGAUCGUACUCUGCUGCAAGUUGAUCUGAGCCUCAGACUGAGGCCUACAUUUAAUAAAUACAGCAAAACUUUAACUAUUACAUGGAAUCAAAAUGUGCGCUUUGCAGUGUGGGAGGAUCCCAUAGGGACGUAUGGAGUAUAGCUCUAGAAGAAAAAUCGGCGGACACAUGGAACAAAAAGUUAACAAGUGAUAAGGAUUCCACGGUGUUCAUAGUUGGGGCUCAAAAUUCAGGAAAAACUAGCAUCAUCCUGACCUUUCUGGAAAGGGAGGAGCCCCCAAAACCAACCACUGCACUUGACUACACUUAUGGCAAACGAUCUAAAGGAGCAAAUAUUGCAAAGGAUGUGACCCACAUUUGGGAGCUUGGUGGAGGAGCUAUUCUGGCCAAGCUAGUUGACAUACCCAUCACUGUGGAAACCAUCAGUAAUUUGUCUGUCGUGAUAGUGGUUGAUUUAUCAAAACCGGAGGAGAUUUGGACAACCUUGGAGGUCUUUCUCAAGCAGAUUCGAACCAGAGUGCAUGUUGUACUCUCAGAGCUUAACCCUAUGGCCCCAGAGCUUGUCAGUAAAUUAAGAACAAGGGCCUGGAAUAAAUUUGGAGAGAAACAUCCGGACAAGGAUCUCCUUUCCCCCCUCUCUGUGCCUCUGGCAAUUGUAGGCUCUAAAUAUGACAUAUUCCAAGACUUUGGCCCAGAGAAGAAGAAGGCCAUCUCACGUAGCCUGCGAUUCCUGGCACACACCAAUGGAGCAUCGCUGCAUUUCUCCAGUAUGAAGUCAGAUGUGCUAGUGAACAGAACUAAGCAACAUAUCAGUCACUUGGCCUUUGGAACUGGGCUCAGUCGUACUAUGUCAAUGGACUACACCAAACCACUUUUAGUGCCAGCUGGCUCAGAUGCAUUGGGGCAAAUAGGAGUUCCGUCACUAUCUGCUGGAGAAAUCAGCAAGAUCAAUGCAAGAAACCCGCUUGAGUUGUGGAAGCAGGCUUAUUGUGGAUUUUUCCCCCAGGUUUCCAGUCACCCUGAGACAGUGGACGAUCCCUGUAAAGACUCUAAAUACAAGGAACCUGAUGUGGACGCAGUAAGAGCUCAUAAAGACGAGGAGGUUGAGAGAUAUCGCAGAGAGUGUGAAAGAAAGACAAGAGAUUUGGCCAGACAACGAGGGAAUUUGGAAACAUUCAAACAAGUUGUGUGACACAUAAUGUAGAGUACACGUACAAAACACAUGCAAAGUCAUUCGUUUGUCCUAAAUUGGUAGCAGUUUAUAAAAUAAUAUUAUAAUUAUAGAAGAACUAUAUGAGACAAAUUGAUAAGGCCGUUCUUGUGUCAGCUAUAUUUAUUGUUGGUAUACCCAGUAAGGGCAAAUCAAAGGUAUUGCCAUGUUUAUGGUGUCACCGUGAUGUGUUGGUAAGUAUAGGCUAGGUAUAAUAACAUACUGUUGGGGCUUCGUGUGUAGUCUUUGAUGCAUUUGUCCAUUCUGAGAUUCAUUCGUGAGAAAGUAUGUCUGUAAAUCCCCCAAACUUUCCCAAACAGGAAAUAAAUGCACUUUGUUCUUUGACCUUGUACCUACAACCUAAAGUACCUAUGUCCUCUUAUAGUAUGUAUAUGAGUGAUGUGUCUAGGAUACAUGUACGUACAUACGAUUUGAUUAGUCACAGCUAGAUCAUGUCAUUUAGAUCAUGUAGGCUAGAUAGCCAUGAACUACUAGCCUACAUACAUGAAAUCUAAGGCACUGCUAGUACCGUAUAGCAGGUUAUUUUUGUGUGAUGGAAAUUUUUGUAUAUUUCGUAUUGAAAAGCAUCAUACGAAAUUAUUCUACCGCAAUAGAUUCAACGUUACUAUCCUGAGUUGUACGAAUAUUUAAAAUACUUAAACAUACAAAAAUUACCCACUAUAAUUAUGGUGUAUCUACUUGUAGAAGCCUUACCUAUAGAUUAUGUGGACUCUGUACUCUAUAGUCUUGAAGGUUUGUGACUCACAGGACUCUGAACGUUGGCCCUAAGUUACAGGCAUAUGCUUACAUCAUGUUGUCAAGGUAACACACAUGUAAUAAAAGUCAUAAAGUCUGUUCCGGGUGUUUUAUUACACGGUCAGGUAGACUCAGGCAUAAUUGAGUAAGGGUGGUGGUGAUAUAAAACACAUUAUAGCGUGGGAAUCCUCGUGUUGUAUGCAUGCAAUUAUUGCAGUAUACAGGCAGCUCGCCCUCGGAGCUUCACCCUCAAUCUUGUGCUAGUAUAUUCUAUAAUAGAUCGUUCCUUUUACUUUCUCUGUAAUUAUUGUACCGUAUUACUAGGAUGUUUUGCAAUUAAGUAUCAAACGAUGCAAAUUUUAAUUGCGAGCAUUGAUUAAUCCGCAUAAAGAAAAUGUAAAACCUUAACACGAUCUUUGCCAGAACGCAAUAGUUAGAUCGCAAAAUAAUGGUCAAUUUUUCUGCUGAUUUGACUCAUUCGCAAAGGUUUUCCACCUGCAAAAUAUUCUAGUAAUACGAUAAAUGUUGUUAUUAUCUUCAUAAUCGCAUGUUGUCCUAUUAUUCACUGUGAUUCGUACAGUGAUUAAUCGCGUAUCAGUAAUUGCACGUCGUCAUGAACGACAUGCAAUUACUGCCUUGACGACCGCAUGUUCGAAUAACGGCCGCGGCUAAUUUUUUUACUGAAACUGCAGCUAAAAAUGUCCUUAAAACUGCAUCACAAACGAUUAACAAUCAAUAGUAUGGCUACUCGUGCAAUAAGGGAUUAAUAGCACGCAUAACAAGCACUGGCAAGGUUAAUAGCACUCGGCUACGCCUCGUGCAAUUAGCCAUUGCUUGUUACUCGUGCUAUUAAUCCCAUAUUGCACUCUUAGCCAUACUAUUAAUUACAACUAUGUUCUUCAAUCUUGUACACUUCUUCUAUAUUAAAACACACUGCUGGGGCUUAGUUUAUAAAUUGAACCCAAAAUGAGAGUAAUAAAUCCCCAAAAACUUCUUAUUAUCCCAAACAGGAAAUCUUAUAUAAUUGUAGCACUCUAACUUCUUUGACCUUUGUGCCUACAUAGCAAACAGGAAAUUACACAGGAUCAUGCAUAAUUUGUUGCUCAUGACAUUGUAUAAAUUAGUGGAAACGCUUGGUGUAGAACCAUAUUUUGCACUUUAUUGAGAGGAUGAGCCACUGGACUUCAACAGAGUCACCUGUAGCUACUCAGAUCCUAACUGAGGAAGAAAGGAGAAUAGUAUUAAGCCAGAUUACAUCUCUAGACCGUUUUGCUGCAGCUAGCGAUAACUUUUCAAAUGGUUCCAGAGCCAUAGUAUGUGUUCCUCCGCGGGCAGAGGGAGACAAUGAGAGAUGGAUAGCUGUGAACCCUCUCAGCCAGCAAAUUGAUUUCAACAUUCGACAGCCAGACCAAAAUCGAACUGUACUGUAUGCUUCUGAGAACAAAUAUGGAUGCAACAGCUACUAUUACAAUGACCAGCUUUCAUGCUGCAUCAUUUGGACAAUUAUUGCCACUGUGAUCUUCUCUAUUUUGACAACUCCCGUGAUCCUUUUGUGCUGCAUUCCCAUGAUCAAGAAAAUGAAACAGGCUGAGAGAAAAUUUGAGGAGAGGGACAACUUUGGUGCCCGUAAGGAGUACAAGAGUUGCUGUAACUGGUGCAUAGGGCCUACAGUAUGGAUUACUGUAAUUCUACCAAUAGUUUUAAUACCAGUUAUUCUAGUAGUGGUAUUUGCUGCAGUAGGCAUCUUCUAAUACUGAACUUUUUUACUAAAAGUAUAUACAAGAUCAUGUUUAUUAUUGUGAUUC